UUAUUCAUUUCUCUCCGGUUUUUGUGCAAUCCAAUGAUAUAUGUACAAAUGUAUAAACACUAGAGACCGUUGAUUCUAUUUAAGUGACAGCUAUUCUGUAUUGGAGAAGAAUCCAUUGAGGUGUCAAGUAAGGCUGUUCUAAAUUGUAAAAGAGAAUGAAAGAGCAGAAAGAUUUCAUGGUAAAAUCAAUUGAAGACAUCAUGGCCACAGAGCAAGAAGAAAUUAGUUUUUCUACCCAUAAGUCUGCACACAAACUUGACAAUGAUUCAUGGCAGAAAGUGGGACUGAUGUUAGUUACAAGUUUCAACUGUGUGUACAUUUUGGGAUAUUCAAAUCUCAUUUUAGUUCCUCUAGGAUUGGUCUGGGGAAUUAUUGGCAUGGUUGUUUUGGGUGCGUUCUCACUCUAUGCCAAUUUGCUGCUUGCAAAUUUGUAUAUUAUAGAUGGCCAGCGCUUUAUCAGAUAUAGAGAUUUAGUUGGCCAUGUAUUUGGGAAGAAAAUGUACUAUAUAACCUGGGCUCUACAGUUUGCACAUUUCAUACUCUGCAAUAUGGGAUUCCUACUACUUUCUGGGAGAUCUCUCAAGGAUAUCUUUCUGGAAGAAAACAGCAAAUGGGUGCCACUAAAACUUCCUGAGUUUAUCAUGAUCUCAGGAUUUACAUACUUCAUUUUUGCCUUCUGGGUACCACAUUUAUCAGCCUUAGGCAUGUGGUAUGGAAUUUCAGCAUUCUUUACCGUUCUCUAUAUUGCAAUCUCAAUGAUAAUAUCAAUCAAAGAUGGGAAAUCUGGAUCCAAAGACUACAACAUAACAGGGCAGAAAGAAGAAAAGAUUUUCAAUGCAUUAGGAGCCAUAGCAGCCAUUGUGUUUGCAAAUAACUCUGGCAUGCUACCUGAAAUUCAGGCUACAUUGCAAAGACCAGCAAUAAAAAAUAUGCACAAAGCCCUCUACUUACAAUUUACCUUUGGAAUUGCUAUAUACUACAUGGUGACCAUUGUUGGAUACUGGGCAUAUGGAUCCUCCAUCUCAGACUAUAUGCUAGGUGACUUAAUAAAUGGUCCUAGAUGGGCUAAAAUUUUGGCAAACAGUAGUGUCUUCUUACAGACUAUAGUAUCACAACAUAUAUUCUGUGUUCCAGUGCAUGAGGCUCUCGACACCAGAUUUUGUAAGCUGGAUGAACAUGAAAGUUCUGUACACAACCUGAUAACUCGAUUCAUACUUCGUGCACUCUUCUUUACAUUUAGCACGCUUUGUGCUGCCAUGUUUCCCUUUCUAGGGGACUUUGUAACCUUGGUGGGUGCACUGUCCCUUGUUCCUUUGACAUUCCUAUUUCCAGCCUUGGUAUUCCUUAAGGUGAAAUGGUGCAGGAUAAGUACAUGGGAAAAAUCAUGGCAUAUUUUCACUGUUGUCUUAUUUGGGCUUUUAACAUUGGGGAGCACCAUAUCAGCUAUUCGGCUGAUCAUAAUAAAUGCUAAAACAUACCAUGUAUUUGCAAACACAUGAUUCACGUUGUUGGAGAUAAUAGAAUCUGCAUUAUCAAUCAACAUGAAUGUUCAAAUUUGAUGGCGUUGACGAGGAGAAUUUUCUGCAAAAUCUGAACUCUCAUUCCAUGGAUAGAGCAAAAAGGCCGAGGACCCGAAAUUAGUAGGGCUUUUGAAGAAUUUGCUACACAUAUUGUUGAAUUUUUGAGUGGAAAUAUUUUAAGUAGAACAUGCACACGAUGUUUUUGUUCAAUUAGUUGUGUCAAAAUCAGUCACCAUAUAUCAAUCAGUACAGCAAUUGUAGGACUUGAUAGGCGCACUUGUGGCAGACUUGUCUAUGUUAAAGUAUAUUUUCAAAAGUGACUUCUUGAAAUCUUGGAGAAUCCAUUAUAAGGGAUUUUUAUUUUUAAUAUUAUAAAUCAAAUCCAUUAUGA